AUGUUUUCUACAACCAAAAGCUCCAAUUCUCAGAAGGCAGGACAAUUGCCUGAAGACGAUACAGUGGCAACAGAAACUCCCAAAGCUCGCCCAACCUCAUCUGCUACCAUGCUGAAUCUGGCGACGACCCGUAAGGUGGCUUCAGAGCAAUAUGCUCAAGCUGCAAAGGCCGAAAAAGCAUAUCGCAUCAAGAAAAAAGCGACUAUGGCUCAAGCGAACUACGACGAGACCAAAGAACAUUUCCGCGAAGCCUUCUCUCACUUCAAGCUUGCAUUCAAGGGCCUAUUUUCAGUCAUCGCAAAUAUAACAUAUUUGAUCAGCGAGAAACGUGAGGUAAGGAAACAAGCAGCAGAGAAGAAGGCACACGAGAAGAAUCUCGAACGAAAGAAGAAGCUCGAGGAGCAGCUGGCCAAGGCAGAGGCACAAGCGGGCGAAAGCAAAGAGGAGGACAAAGAGAAGGGUAGCAACGAGUAA